AUGUCCAACAUGGCCUCACAUGUCGGCAAACAAGCACCUAUUGCCAUCAUCGGAGCUGGACCAGGAGGUCUCACACUAGCACGUUUGCUCCACAUCAAUGACAUAAACUUCAUCGUGUACGAGCGAGAUGCUGACCCUAAACCCCGAUUCAUCAACCAAGGUGGCACUCUGGAUAUCCAUGCCUCAUCAGGCCAACUUGCAGUCAAGGAAGGGGGACUCUUUGACAAGUUCAAGAGCAUUGCCCGCUGGGAAGGGUCCAGAGUUUGCAUGCAGAAUCCAUCGGGCACUGUCAAAUCCGUGUUUGGAGAGGACCGCGAUGCGCCUGAGAUCGAUCGUCUACAUCUUCGCAAGAUGCUGCUCGAUUCUAUUCCAAAUGACAAGAUCAUGUGGGGACAUGGAAUCAGAAGUGUCACUAAGGGUACUACUCCUACCGAUAACGUUGUUUUCUUUGAGAAUGGUAGCUCCUCUUCAGGCUUUCGUCUCAUUAUUGGUUGUGAUGGAGCAUGGAGCAAGGUUCGAUCUCUUGUCACGUCGACGAAGCCUGAAUACUCUGGUAAAGUCUUUAUCGAGGGAAGCAUAUCUCACGAUAAUCCUACUUACAAAACUGCUGUCAAAGACGCCGGACCUGGAACAAUGUUAGCAACGGGGCAGCAAAAGAUGCUGGCAGUCCAGCAGCUAGCUGAUAAUUCCUAUCGCUUUUAUAUCGGAAUGGAUACCCCAGAAGGUGAAUAUCAGAAACACAUGACUGCCACUGAUACCGACAACAUACGCAGCAAGUUUCUAUCAUCAUACGACUUCUUUGAAAAUUGGACCCCAGAGCUCAAGGACUAUCUUAGUCACGCCGAAGGGCCGUUUCACGCGUGGCCUUUGUAUCGAUUGCCGGUUUCCUCCCUGACGUGGCAGCGUAUUCCAGGUAUCACACUUUUGGGAGACGCCGCUCAUCUUUCUGCUCCUCUUGUUGGCGAGGGCGUAAACAUGGCAAUGUUUGAUGCGUUGAUGUUAUCAAAAGCCAUCGUCAAAUGCAAGAAUAGAGCUGAGCUUGGAGAGUCUGAAGAGAUUCAACUAGAAAACGCUCUGGAGAAAUACGAGAUGGAAAUGUUGGAGCGUGGUCGGCAUCAUAUUUCGCGGUGCACCGCCCGUGAAAGGGAAUUCUUUUCUGAGAAUGCAGCUGAAGACUUUAUCGACAUGGUCAACAGCGUGAUAGACCGAGGCAAAAACGAGACAACACAUCACAGUUGA